AGAAGAGAAGAAGAGAAGAGAAGACCCGGAGGGAGGGGCGAUUCCAACAAACGCUGCCGGACUUCGGAGUAGUUGUUAAUGUAGUAUAUGUGUGACAACGGGAUUGACAACAUGGAUACGUCUGACUUAGGAGGAGGUAUAAAUUGUACACCUCCAGCGAUAGAAGACUUUCCACACGACCUUUUCGACGAGAAGCAGAGGCAGGGUGGAGCUGUCGUCGUACACGUGAUCGUUUCGCUUUACCUAUUUAUCGCUUUAGCGGUGGUGUGUGACAAAUUUUUUGUUCCUGCCGUGGAAAAGAUAUGUCACGCACUUUCUAUGUCCAAGGACGUGGCGGGUGCCACGUUUAUGGCCGCGGCGACGUCGGCACCGGAACUGUUCGUGAACGCGAUCGGCACGUUCAUCACCGAAGGUGACAUCGGCGUCGGGACAAUAGUAGGCUCGGCCGUAUUCAAUAUCCUCGCGGUACCGGCCUGUUGCGGUAUCGGUGCUGGAAUGGUAGUUCCUUUAGACUGGUGGCCGGUCAGCAGAGAUUGCCUCGCCUACGGCGUUACGGUCGCAAUACUGAUAUGUAUCAUACAUGACGAGCGGGUAGAAUGGUACGAAGCGUUAACGCUGGUGUUAUUAUACAUCGUAUACAUCGCCGUCAUGUAUUGGGACAAAUCGUUUCAGCGGUGCACGAGGUUCCGUGCGCACAACGCUGAUCAAUCGUUACCAGACGAUCGUCGCCAUGUCACAGCAUCGAUCGGUUUAGAAGGCAGCACGGAAAUUCACAUGGCAGGCUCCGACAAAGUACAGCCGGCUGGUGAACAAGCCGAGCAUAUGGACGUACCGUUGCAAAACGGUGGGACCAAGACUCAAGAUGAGAAUCCUGAACCUGAUUACGAAUACGAGUUGCUGGUUUGGCCCGCGCGAGCCGGAUGGAUAAGAAAAACGGCGUGGAUCUUGACUUGGCCGAUUCAUUUAAUUUUCAUGUGUACGAUACCGGACUGCGAGAAGCCGCGAUUCAAGAAUUGGUUUCCGAUCACAUUCCUCAUGUGCAUCAUUUGGAUCGGAUCUCUGAGCUACGUUGUCGCAUGGAUGAUCACUAUAAUCGGAGACACUCUGAAAAUACCAGACUCCGUGAUGGGCAUUACUUUCCUCGCUGCUGGUACCAGCGUUCCAGAAGCCGUAUCGAGCGUUAUAGUUGCGAAGCAAGGACACGGCUCGAUGGGAAUCAGUAACUCGAUAGGAUCGAACACGUUCGACAUCCUACUGUGUCUCGGUCUUCCAUGGCUAAUCAAGUCUUCGUUCUCACCGACGCAACCGGGCAAACACUAUAUCAGCAUAAACUCCGGUGGUCUCGAGUACAGCGCUAUAUCGUUGUUGUCCACGCUGAUGUUACUCUAUAUCGCUUUCGCUUCAAAUAAGUUUCAGCUCGAUAGAAAAGUCGGCCGAGCGUGUUUAUGCAUGUACGCCGUUUUCCUCAUACUAGCCUCGUUAAUCGAAUUGAACGUAUUCUUCAGGGUAAAUUUGCCCACGUGCCAGAGGACGGUCAAGUGAUACCGGUCAUCGAAUGCGGAAUUGCUUAACGAUCACGGUUCGAUGACGGUGUUUCUUAACUGAUCCUCGUUCCAAUUCGAACUUUUCUUCCCCCAUUACAUGUUCGGAUAAACGAAGUUUACUACUAAAAGUUCUACUGCUGCUACUACUACUAAUACCACUACUACUACUACUACUACUACCACUACUACUACUACU